UAGAUGGGAACAAGUUGGAUACGUGGGCAAGGGUACCAAGUGGCACAGUUAAUCGCUGCCACCAUAAACUGGGUCAUCUUAUAUAUAUAGUGAAGUUCAAGGCGCAACACUCAUUGCAAGUCAAACUCUCGCACGACGCACACGCACUUUCACCGGUGACAUUUUAGCGCUACCUUGUGGAAGACUGUGUUCAGUGAUUCAGUGAUAUCAGUUCCGGUAUUAAAUAAAGGAUGUAUUCGAAAACCACAGGUUGGGCCUUAGUGGCCUUGAUCUGCUCAUCAACAAUCCUCCAGACGAUCGCAUAUCCCCAACAACUUCCACUCAUAUCACAGGUGACGAGUAACGUCAGAACGCAUGGUCCACAAUACUACAGUAACUCAUUGCCAGUACCACAACAGGAAGAGAUCGUCCAAGAACGUAAAUUCGCUGAAAAACCAAACGCUCUUAAAAAAGUCGCCCUAGAUGAUCUAGAUGACAUUCAAACUAAUUCAAUUUCCGAUGGAUUUUCAUGGACAAACUUCCUAUCCUCAAUUUUGCAAACAUUUUUCGUCAACGGUGGCGUCACGGGCCCCAACAAAAGCGACACCUUGGACACAGAAUCAUCAGCUCCGUCUCCUUGGACUCACUUCAUCGCUAUGGGUCUAAAAAUUCUGACCGCUCUUCUCGGUGGUGGAGCGGCUACAGAUGGCAUUGACAAAGUCGACAAUGGAUCUUCACCAAUGCAGGGUAUAUUGGCUGUCAUUCUGUCGUCGGUACUCGGUGCAAAAGAUCCCGACCAGGUCGCCUCCAUGGCAAAGCAGGCUGGAGAGUUCUUUAGCAUCGUGAUGAACCUUCUGGAUGCUCUCAAGGCAUCAUUCUCUCAUAGAUCACUUGCUGCCCGAUCAAUGGGCCGCAAGGAUUCUGUUAGUGAUGCAGCAAUCGCCGGUCUUGUCAUGUCCAAGCCAUACUUGAAGUCAUUCUUGACAAGCAACGACAAAUGCCAUCUUAAAAACAUGUGCGAUGCUGCAAAUGAAUGUUCAUCCGACAUAGGUCCCAAGAGCAUCUUCUGUCCAAUGGCAACGUAUUUAGCAAGUUUUGUUUUGGAGAGGCAAUCAGGUGCUAAUUUCGAAGAGUUCAGUGAAGCAGGCAGAAAAGGCCGUUCAGGGGUCGAUUGUCGACAAUUAUAUUUACAGUGCAAUGAAGUCUAAUCUACAGCUCAUACAUACCUUGAAACUUGACGCUCAGAAUGAAAUGUCGAUUAGAAACUUAAAAUGAAGACAGUUAACUUUGCAGAAAAUUACUUGAUCUUUUAACUGUUGGUAGAAUGACACAUUUUAGUUUCAUGAAAUGGUUUGUAGUGAUAUGAAAUGGUUUCUUACUGUAACAAGGCAUAUGCCCCGUUAUAAUAAGAUGCAUAAUUAUUCCAUUCUACUUGGCUUUGCACCUAGUAAUUUAUUAAUUUAUUUAAUUUAUUUUAGAAAGUAAAAACCGAGAUCUUUGGCCGGGCGAGAUUUAAUAGCAGUAGCUUUGACCUAGAUAGAUUCUCCCCGUAAAAUAAAAUAUGAAAUUGACACAAUUCCUUUAUAUUGUAAACAAUUAUGUAAGCUGCCUGUUACGUUAAUAAUGAUGACUGAUGUAAAAAGUAAUUCUAUGUGGUAAUUUAAAAUGUAUCACAUAAUAAUUAGUAUUUAUUAAAAAAAAUGUGCGACUGUGUGUUUGUGGACGUCCUUGUGUGAUUGUUGUUGUAAAUUAUUAAAAAAAAUAUUUAAAAUUAA